AUGGGUUGCGUGAUCGAGAAGCUGUAUCGCGGAAAGGUUUUCACGACCCAGUCUAGUACUUUCUCGUUCGUUACCAGAUAUAACUAACUCUCCAGCAGUGUUUACCAGGUUUAUCAUGGCGGUUAUAUGGGAGUUGGUCAAAAGCGAUGACGCGGUUUUGUACAUGGAUGACGUAAUCUUGUGGAAGGAUGUACAUGUAGACAUGAAGUAGUUUUAGAAAGCGUAAUGAAAGCGUUAUUCAGUGGACCAGUUUUUAGGCAUUACAAUCAUUCACUUGAGACAGGGAUUUAUACGGAUGUGUCGAAGUUUGGAAUUAGUUUUGUUUUAGUGAGAUUCUGGGAAUAAUUUGUGGCAUACAGUGUUCUACAUGAGCCUACAUUCGGUUGGGAUAUGCGGGCACACUAUCCUCCGCCAAACCGCUAUAUAAGGCGCACCACAGACCUCCGUAGGGCAUUCAGUUCGGCCAGCGUUUGGCGAAAAGACCUCCAGGAGGAGCUAGCAGAAACGGACCAACGGCCAAGGAUCAGCGGCAGUGGAGGUACUCGCGGCCGCGUGACCCGACGACUAUUGAGCUGCCAUCUCGGGAGUCCGGCGUCAAUCCGCAUCCAUCGUGGAGCUGUACGGCCCUGGGAACGAGACAAGACGCCCAGAGCCAACCAGCCGUCCUCUCGCCUUGAGGACUGCAGCCACCCUGAAGCGAUAGAACACAUUGCUUACUUACGAAUAAAGACCCAAUUACUGUAUAAUUCUCCCGUCUUCGCCUCUGGGACCCAGGUCGGAUUCUCUCCAGCAAACGCAAAUAUUGAAUGUCGAGUUAUGGUCUGAAAAAAAUCCGAUUCG